AUGAAGGCCUUUACGCAGCUCAUGCCUCUUCUCACAUGCUUGACCCUUGCAUCACCCAUCGACCUCACUCGAUCAGACCUGCACCGGCUCUUCGUACGCCAAGAUGUCAAGACACCCAUCAACGCCUCCCUACCAAACGUCACCAUCUUCGCAACCGGCGGCACAAUCGCCUCACAAGGCAGCACAAACACACAAACAACGGGCUACUCGAUCGGCCUGGGGGUCCAGCAACUCGUCGACGCCGUCCCCGAACUCCUCAACAUCUCCAACAUCGCAGGCUACCAAGUCUCCAACGUCGCCUCCGGAAACAUCAAUUCGACUAUCAGCCUCGCGCUCGUCCACCACAUCAGCCAGGAGCUAGCCAAAGACGACGUCGCGGGCGUCGUCGUAACCCACGGCACCGACACGCUUGAGGAAACCGCCUUCUUCCUCGAAUCCACAAUCAACUCGACCAAGCCCGUCGUCAUCGUCUGCGCCAUGCGCCCUGCCACAGCACUGAGUGCAGACGGCCCGCUGAAUCUCUACCAAGCCGUGCAGCUCGCGCGCUCACCCGCCGCCCGUAACCGCGGCACCAUGAUUGAACUCAACGACCGCAUUGGCUCUGCCUUUUACACCACCAAGAUGAACGCAAACACGCUCGACACCUUUUACGCCACCGAAGCCGGCCAGCUCGGCGUCUUCAUAAACCAGAUUCCGUAUUUCUUUUUCCGCCCCGCUGAGCCCGUCGGCCGCUUCGUGUUCAAUGUCUCAAGCGUGACGGAGUUGGCCCAUGUACCCAUCUUGUAUGCGCACCAGGACAUGUUUCCCGCGCUCUUCCACGCUGCGUAUACCGCGGGCGCACGGGGGAUAGUGUACGCGGGCGUCGGUGCAGGCGGCAUGUCAUCUGCUGCGAAUCAGGAUGCCCACGCCUUGUACAAUGCCACCGGCAUCCCUAUUGUAGCGAGCCACCGCAGCGCAGACGAAGGCGAGGAUCUUGCUGCAGUUGGCGCUCACCGACAAGUCGAAGAAUAA